UUCAGGUGUCUACGUCAUUCAGGUGUGUCGUUGUUUUGAAAAGUAGACGGUCAGGAAUGUCAACUCUUAACCGCAGUCAAUAGACUAAAACCUUCUACAUAUAACACACAGAGGUAAAAUAACACAGAUAUCAGAGAGAAGCUACAAUGAGUAAAGUUGCUAAGUUAUUUAAGGGAACUUCGAGUUCGUCUGGAAGUAAAUCGAGCUCGAGCUCAAAGGGGAAACACCGCUCGCGCUCAGGCCCGUCGCCUCAGGAGGCUAUUCACAAACUGCGAGAGACCGAAGAGAUGCUCACGAAAAAACAGGAGUAUCUUGAGAAGAAAAUCGAGCAGGAGUUAAUGAUUGCUAAGAAGAACGGCACAAAAAACAAAAGAGCUGCACUUCAGGCUCUGAAGAGGAAGAAGCGUCUUGAGCAGCAGCUGAUUCAGAUUGACGGGACCUUGUCCACCAUCGAGUUUCAGCGGGAGGCCCUAGAGAACGCCAAUACGAACACAGAGGUCCUGAAAAACAUGAGCAUGGCUGCUAAAGCAAUCAAAGGAGUUCAUGAGAAGAUAGAUAUGGAUAAUAUUGACUCUCUCAUGGAGGAUAUCACAGAGCAGCAGCAAAUAGCUCAGGAAAUUAGUGAUGCUAUUUCACAGCCUUUUGGAGAUCAGUUUGAUGAGGAUGAGUUGUUGGCUGAGCUAGAAGAGCUGGAGCAGGAGGAACUUGAGGAAAGUAUGAAACACAUGGGUAGGCUACCCAGUGUACCAGCAUCCAAACUGCCCAGCACAAGACCUAGUCAAAAGAGUCAUACGACAGCUAAGAAAAGAGUGGAGGAUGAAGAUGACAUGAAGAUGUUAGCAGCCUGGGCUUCUUAGUCAUCCAAAAACACACACAUAUACCAUACACACAGGUUUUGGGGAAAAUGCUGAUUGUUUAAGAUUUGAAGGACAUAAUGAAAUUCCACACUUUUGACAACACGUAUAUUAUAAAGCGAGUUUAUUGUAAAAAUGAAGUAUCGGCUGAAUGAAGGAUUGUAGAGAAUAGCAUGUAAAUAGCAUGUCAAUGAAGCGCUGGUGGGCAGAGUAACAAUAAAGGAAGGACACUAGAAUUGGGGUGAAAAUUUAAUUAUUUUAUUGAUUAUUUAUUUUGCAAUUUUUAAAAGAAAAUGUCUUGAUUAUUUCCAUAAAGCCCAAUUAAAAGUUGUUUUGAAUACAAUUUCUUCACUGCCUGUCAGUUAAUGAACAAAACAAGCAUUCUUACUGGUAGUAAAUGUACCUCCAAUCAGUUAAAAAGACACCUUGUAAAUAUUGUAUUUAGCUAUUCCAUGUGGAUGCACCAAUCAUAUAUGAUUAUAAAUUUACAAGUGUAACAAUCAGAGUAAUUACUUUAAACACUGAUCUAAAGAGAAAUGACAACGUUUUCAUAAUAUGCUUUGUGUUUGUGUGGAAUUUCUCAGUUCCAUAAAAUAAAACGUGUUAAUCAAUGGGAUUUUCAUUGUUAUGUAGUAAAGUGCACAAGGGGUCUGAACAGAA